AGUCACUAAGACGGCGGAGCUCGGAGAGUUAGGAGCGCGCUCCCCCAACGAGAGAGAGAGAAAGAGAGGGUGAGAGAGAGAGAGAGAGCAGCGCAGGGGAAGAGCGUGUUAACUGUCAGUUCGGAGGAGGACGGCGAAGAGCCUCCACCACCUUGGUUUUCUCUCCAUCCGCUUUUACGCACGCGUUGACAAGCCAGACUAGAGAGCGCGCCUCUUUCCAAACAUCUUUAUCUCCCCUUUUUAACCCUACAACCUACUGCCACAUGGACUGUGUCGUCACCGUUUUGGGACUAUAAUCACACAUGGGCAUAUUUAUGUGCAGCGUUUUUGAAAUAAAGGAACGGAGGGCGGCGAUGUUUUGACUAAGGGGAAUGAUUUGAUUCUUCUUACUUUAGACAGUUUUUAAUUUUUAUUUUUUACAAACUCGGACGCAUGUUUCCAUUUGGUAGUGGACACGGAUACUUUCCACUCCUCUUGUGACUUCGCAUUUGCCCCACGUUGAUGACGAAAUCCCAAAGCGCAGUAUUAUUACGCACCGCACAAAAAAAUGGAUUGUGGACUGUGUGAAGAGAUCAUAUGCCGAGAGAAAAGACGCACGGCCAAGCACUGACAACCGCAAACCGCCACUUGAGCGUGGAUACUCUGGACGGUGCAACCCGGUCUGCGGCGUAGGAGAGAGGAGGAAAGCUUGGGGACUGUCGCCGUUUCAUUUCGUUGAACGGUUUGAGAUCAAAAGAUGGAUUUAUACACGUGGCUUUGCGUGUGUGCGCUCACACUUCUACCGGUUCUGGCUGUCACAGCGGAGGAAGCAGGUUCUGAGGCAUGUGGCGGCUACCUGGAUGCCACAGACGCAGGCUACAUCACCACCCCCGGCUACCCGCUGGAGUAUCCCCCCCAUCAGAAUUGCCGCUGGGUCAUCACAGCGCCAGAAAGUUCUCAGCGGAUUGUGCUCAACUUCAACCCGCACUUCGAAAUAGAGAAGCUGGACUGCAGGUAUGACUAUGUCGAAAUCCACGACGGCAACUCUGAAUCAGCCGACUUAUUGGGAAAGCACUGCAGCAACAUCGCCCCAGCACCAAUCAUAUCAUCCGGACCCGCCCUCCACAUCAAGUUUGUGUCUGACUAUGCCCACCAGGGGGCUGGCUUCUCACUCCGCUAUGAAAUUUUCAAAACUGGUUCAGACUGUUCCAGAAACUUCACAAGUCCCUCGGGUCUCAUCGAGUCUCCGGGGUUCCCUGACAAGUACCCCCACAACCUGGAGUGCUCCUUCAUCAUCGUUGUGCCCCCCAGCAUGGACGUGAGCCUCACUUUCCUCACCUUUGACCUGGAGAAUGACCCCUUGCCUGGAGCAGAGGGGGACUGCAAAUAUGACUGGUUGGAAGUUUGGGACGGACUUCCAGGAGUGGGCCCACUCAUUGGCCGAUAUUGCGGGACCAUGGUACCACCGGAGAUCCAAUCAUCUACUGGGAUUCUCUCUCUUUCCUUCCACACUGACAUGGCUGUGGCGAAAGACGGCUUCUCGGCGCGGUACAACAUGACGCACAAGGAAGUCAGUGAAACGUUUCAUUGCAGUAAUGCUUUUGGCAUGGAAUCCGGCAAGAUCACCGAUGAACAGAUCACAGCUUCAUCAAGUUUUUAUGACGAAAACUGGCUGCCGCAUCAGGCCCGACUCAACUACGACAACAACGGAUGGACGCCGAAUGAGGACAGCAACAGAGAGUACAUACAGGUGGACCUCUACACGUUGAAGGUGAUCACAGGCAUCGCCAUGCAGGGCGCCAUUUCCAAGGAGACGCAAAAGUCAUACUUUGUGACUACUUUCAAGCUGGAGGUCAGCACCAAUGGCGAGGACUGGAUGGUUUACAGACACGGCAAGAAUCAUAAGGUUUUCCAUGCAAAUACGGAUGCCACAGAGGUGGUUCUCAAUCGCAUUCCGCUACCGGUACUGGCCCGCUUCGUGCGAAUCCGACCUCAAACAUGGAAGAAUGGCAUCGCACUGCGGUUUGAGCUUUACGGCUGUCAGAUUACAGACGCUCCGUGCUCAGAGCUACAAGGCAUGUUGUCUGGACUCCUGGCGGACUCGCAAAUCCUGGCGUCCUCCAUGAGGGACAUCCACGGCUCCAUGGGCGCCGCCAGGCUUGUGGCCAGUCGGUCAGGAUGGUUUCCCAAUCCAACGCAGCCCAUCGCCGGAGAAGAAUGGUUGCAGGUGGAUCUCGGCGUGCCCAAGAUGGUGCGUGGCGUCAUCACGCAAGGUGCAAGAGGCCUGGAGGGCAGCACCAGUGCCGAGAACCGAGCUUUUGUCAGGAAGUAUAAACUGGCUCACAGUUUGACCGGAAAGGAGUGGACGUACAUCACGGACAGUAAAACGGGCUUUGCAAAGAUUUUUGAGGGAAACAGCCACUAUGAUACGCCAGAGGUGCGACGCUUUGAUGAAAUAACAACCCAGUACAUCCGAAUUUUUCCCGAGAGGUGGUCGCCUGCUGGAAUUGGCAUGAGGAUGGAAGUCCUCGGUUGUGACCUGCCAGAAACAACCACCAUGCCUGACACAGCGACCCCUACGCUGCCCAGGGUGGAACAGUCCACUGCAGCACUGAGGCCUGCCACCACUCCGUCGCUGUGGGCCGUAUGUGACUUUGAACAGAGCCUGUGUGGCUGGUCUGCGGACCCCCAAUCAGCUGUCAGCUGGUCCUUGCACAUCGCCGGGAGUAGCGCUGCCGGGCAUAACCCACAUGAAACCAGGCUGGAUCUGACACAGGGAUCAGAGAAUUUCUCAGGAAACUACCUCCACCUGGAUGCUGGGGCCCACACCCAGCGUAAGCGCGCGAGGCUCCUGAGCCCAGAGGUGGCCCCCGAGCAAGGCCCGCUGUGCCUGCUCUUUCACUAUCAGCUGCAAGGCGAGGCGCUCGGGAGCCUGAGGGUCCUUUUGAGGGACGACGACCAAGAGGAGACGCUGCUGUGGUCUUUGAAAGGAGAUCAGGGGACUCAGUGGAGGGAGGGCCGCACCAUUCUCCCCCAAAGCCCCAAGGAAUAUCAGGUGGUGUUUGAAGGUUUUUUUGAGCAUCCAACCAGAGGCCACAUCCGAAUAGAUAACAUCCACCUGAGCAACACGAUCAACCUGGAGCAGUGUACACAGACUUUCCACCCCAUGACUCCUGACAUAACAAGGGGUGCCAUGUCUGGGAUGGAGCCCACUGUAGACACGGUGGCGGUGCAGAGCUUUGCCGCCCACUGGUACUACCUGUUAGCGGGAGGAGGCGCCCUCCUGCUGCUGGUUACUGUAAUUGCGCCGGUGGUGUUGUGCUGCUGUCGGCACCGCUGGGAGUCCACCAAGACCGGCGGUAGCCCCCAUCAGUCGGUGAUGUACCACAACAGUCAACCUCUAAACCAUCCGAACCGCUUCUACAACCAAAACUCCAGCUGUAAUCUCAGCCAUAACGCCAAGCAAAACUCGCCUCAACCGCAAAGCGGGCCAGGCCUCGAGACCACCUUGGUCCUCGGACCGGACAAAGAGGACCGCCGUGAUUCUUCCCAGUGUUGAAAUCUGGACCGCCUGACAAUCUUGCACUAUUUCCAAAGGGCACGAGGACUUCCCGAGUCGCCAUUUCCAUAAACAUGUUGCCAUAACGGACUGAUCAGGAUGCAUCUUCAUUUCCACUUCCUGCUCGGGAGGAUCAGUCGUGCCGACGAGAAAACAACAACUCGCACUGUGACAAUUGUCGGACUUGAGAUUACUUUUAAUGCCCACUUGUGACAUCCAGCGAGAGGAUCUUUUGACCAUCCUGGCCUGAGCUGCCGUACAUCAAGCUGAAAUGGAGCACACCACGGGACACAUUUUGUUCUCACACACAGCACUGUUUUUCUUCUUUUUUUUUCCCCUUCAGUGGAAUUCAGAGCAGGAUACGUCUGCCUGCUCCACUCUGAUCUGUAGCAUGAACCCUGCCUGACACUUCAUAACCUGUCCGGGUUUCAUGUACUACAUGGAAAUACUUUUUUUUCUCCCCCCUGGGGAUAAGAAGAAGCUCGUGAUUAUGUCUACCAGUGUUUGACACACACACACGCACACACACACACA